AUGGAGUACCAAAGACAUAUGGAGCCUAAUCUUCAUCAGUCACAGAACCAGGCUCAGUGGGGUGGCUAUGGCUGGGGGCCUCCAGCUCCAGCUCCUCCUCCGGCACCCGCGCAGAGAAACAAACGAACACAUUCAGAAAGCGAAGACGAUGCCUUUUCAGAAUCAAGCAGUAAAGAUGCACAGUCACCCGGUGGAGAUUCCUGUCAACUGAUGACCAGAAAACGUCGUAGAGGUGUAAUCGAGAAGAAACGUAGAGAUCGCAUCAACACCUCUCUGACAGAACUAAAACGACUGGUGCCCGCCGCAUGUGAGAAGCAAGGAAGUGCUAAAUUAGAAAAGGCCGAGAUCUUGCAACUUACCGUCGAUCAUUUAAAGAUGCUGCAUGCUAAAGGUCUCGACACCUAUGCCUACGAUCCACAACGAUACGCGAUGGACUACCACAGUAUUGGCUUCAGAGAAUGCGCUGCAGAAGUCGCUCGGUACCUGGUUAGCUGUGAGGGUUUGGACAUUCAGGAUCCUCUCCGUCUCCGCCUCAUGAGCCACUUGCAAUGCUUCGCAGCACAACGAGAACUAGCUGCUAAAUCUAAUUGGGGCUAUCAAUAUCCAAGUGUUCCCCAACCGCAACACGGAUAUACGGAAUUACGGCAAGAGCCUUCCGUAACUACUGCUACAACGGUAGCAGCCCCUACAGCGAUAGCUGCGCCUCUGUCAGCGCCCCCAAGUUACGCUCACUAUCCUCCUGCGCCCCCAGCACCCCCCGGACCCCCAGCCCCGCCUGGUCCUCACCCCGCACCAACUGCCCCACAUUAUCCAGCGCCAUAUCCUCACCACCCUCCACAUCAUCAGUACUCCCAAAACAGUUCCAAGCCCUACAGACCAUGGGGAGCUGAAUUAGCAUAU